AUGUAUUCAUGCCCCAGAUGUCAUGUUUCUUUUGAAAGCCUGAAUGGUCUUCAUUAUCAUGUCAAAUCGCAACACCCUAAGUUAUUGAAAUCCUCGAUCAGGUGCGGUCAAGCUGGUUGUCCAAGGAGUUUGAAUAAUUUUGAUUGCCUCCGUCGUCAUUUAAAAUCUGGAUGUAACUUUGUAGCUGUGGUGGAGCAAGCCUGUAGUUCUGACUCUACAGAUACUGAUGUGCAUUGUGCGCCUGAUGACUCUUUCAUAGAGUACAGUCAUGAUCGUAGUGAUGCUGUUAAUAGCUUUGUUGAUAUUUAUGACUCUGAAAAGGAAUUACCUGACUCUUCUGACUCAACUAAUCCGGAAGUUGAUUUCAUUCAUGAAAAUUCAUUGAAGUUUAUAGCUGAAUUUUAUGCUAAUGUUGACUUAUCACGAUCUGUUGUUCAAAACAUUAUAGACAAAACUUCUGAUAUAAUAUCUGAGAAUAUAUCAGCAGCUUCUAAACUUGUAUUGAAUUUGCUCAAAGAUUGUGAUGUAUCUAAUGAAGUUCAGAGUAAGGUGACAAAAGUGUUCUCAGCUCUUUCUAAGCCUUUUGAAGGUCUUGAAACAGAACAUUCCCGUUUUGUUAGUCUUUCUAAGAAAGGAGUUUUUCAUUACCCUGAAAGUUUUGUUUGUGGGCGAAAUGGGAGGGAAGUUUUGACUGGGCAGUUUAUUAGUAUGAAACUCACUUUAAAAAGGUUUUUAGAGCUACCUGGUGUUUUACCAGCAGUUCAAAAGUAUGUGAAUUCACUGCAGCAUGAAAUGGUGAUGGGUGUUAUAAGUAAUUUUAUUCAAGGGGAGUACUGGCAGAAAAAGUGCUCUGAAGACUUUGUUGGAAAAUUUGUGCUUCCCCUAUUUUUUCAUUUUGAUGAAGUGGAAAUGGGAAACGGCCUUGGCACACAUUGUAAUAUUCAUAAGCUUGGUGCUUCGUAUGUUAAAUGUCCUGGCAUUCCCCCAGAGUUCCAAUCUAUGCUAGAAAAUCACUUCUUAGUACUUUUAUUUCAUGCUUCAGAUCGGAAGGCUGAUAACCAAUUUCUUCAAGCUUCUAACAAUGCUGUGAUAUUUAACAAAGUAAUUGAUGAAAUGAACGAUCUCCGUACUAACGGCUUAACUUGUGAUACAGAUGAAGGUAUGUUUACUAUAUAUUUUGAUCUAGGUUUAAUUCUAGGAGAUAAUGCAGGACUUCACAGUAUCUUAGGUUUUGUGGAGAGUUUUAACGCAGCAUUUCCUUGUUUUAUUUGUAAAGUCACUAAUGAUGAAAGCCCGUCCCUGUGUGUUGAGAAAGCAGAAUUGCUUCGAACUCCUGACAAUUAUGCAUCUGACUUGGCUUUAGACAACGUGAAGUUGACUGGAAUAAAAGAAGAGUGUGUUUUUCAUAAAAUCAAUAAUUUUCAUGUGACUGAAAAUUAUGUUUGUGACUGGAUGCACGAUAUCUUAGAAGGUAUUUGUAAAUACAAUUUAGUUGGAAUUUUUGAAGCGUUUAUAUUUGAAAAAAAAUACUUAUCUAUUGAGAGACUUCAAUCCAUAAUGUUAAGUCAUGACUAUGGUAAUGUAAGUAAUAAGCCUCCUGUAAUAUCACGUGAAGAUUUCACUAAGAGUAACAUGAAGAUUAGAAUGUCAGCAAAUGAAAUGCUAGUUUUUGUUCAGCACUUGCCAAUUAUGAUUGGUCAUCUAAUCCCCAGUGAUGAUGACCAUUGGAAAUUGUUAUCUAUGUUGUAUGACAUUGUAUUGUUUCUUCUGUCAACUUCAUUUACAAGUGAGAAUAUUCUUCAUCUAGAUUACUUAAUUGUUCAGCACCAUUUACUGUAUGUAAAGUUGUUUGGGGAGACACUCAAGCCUAAGCAUCAUCAUCUCUUACACUAUUCUCGAAUAAUCAAAUUAUGCGGUCCUCCCAUUCAUUUUUGGAGUAUGAGGUUUGAGUCAAAGCACAGAUUUCUGAAACGUUAUUCUAAUGUAUGCUUUUCCCGAGUCAACCUGACAUUGUCCAUUGCUCUUAAAGUCGAAUUAAACUUUGCCUUCAGGGUUCUUUGUCAAAGAGGCUUCUCGCAGAGAUUUUCCAUGAGUUCGAAAUAUGAAGUUGUUUGUGGUGCUUUGUCAGAUAUUGAUGGAUUUUUAAAAUGUGCUAGAGUUAAGUUUGUUAAUGUGAAUGGUGUUUGCUACCGCAUUGGAACUUGUGUUUUGCUGUCCCUUGACUCCCAGGGAAAUCCAGUAUUUGGUAUCAUUGAAGCUAUUUUUGUCAAUAGUAAAAACAAAGUUUGUCUAGGGUUAAACAAGUUGGUUUGGGAUGUGUAUGAUACGCAUCGCCAUGCAUAUAUAGUUUAUAAAUCAUAUGAGAUAGUUAAUGUGCUUUUAGAAAAUUUGCCCAGACAUUUGCCAGUUCUGCUUCAUACCCUGGCUUGUCAAACACUAGCUGUCUCAUUACGCCAUGCCCUAUAAUAUUUUUUGCAAUAUGAGAGGUGCCUUGCAGUUUGUAUGCUUUAAGUCAAUGUUCUCUUUUGUACUAUGUUAUGAGAAAGUAUGUGAAUAAAUACAAUUACCAUAAACACCGUUCU